GAAAAAUGGUGGAGACUGUGAGCUCAAUCAGUUGUUCGAUCUGUUUAGGUCUACUGAAUGAUCCAGUGACUAUUCCCUGUGGACAUAGCUACUGUAUGGGCUGUAUUAAGGGCUGUUUUGAUCAGGAAGAUGACAAGGGUAUCUACAGCUGCCCCCAGUGCAGACAAACCUUCAUACCAAGACCUGUUCUAAACAGGAACACCAUCCUUGCUGAAUUGGUGGAGAAUCUGAAGAAGAUAAGACUCCAAGCUGCUCCUCCUGAUCAUUAUUAUGCUGCAUCUGGAGAUGUGGAGUGUGAUUCCUGCACUGGGAGAAAACUCAAAGCUGUCAAAUCUUGUCAGGUGUGUCUGGCCUCUUUCUGUGAGACUCACCUCCAGCCUCACUAUGAAUCUCCUGCCUUUAAAAAGCACAAGUUGGUCCAAGCCUCCACACAACUACAGAAGAAGAUCUGUUCGCAUCAUGACAAACUACUGGAGGUUUACUGUCGUACUGAUCAGCAGUGUAUCUGUUAUCUUUGUACAAUGGAUGAACAUAAAGGACAUGAUACAGUCUCAGCUGCAUCAGAAAGGGCUGAGAAACAAAGACAGUUUGGGGAGAAAUAUUUGGAAUCCCAGAAGAGAAUUGGGGAGAGAGAGAAGAAGAUUCAGGAGUUGAGACAGACUGUGGACACUCUGAAGCACUCUGCACAGGCAGCAGUGGAGGACAGUGAGAGGAUCUUUACUGAGCUGAUCUGCUACAUUGAGAAAAGACACUCUGAGUUGAAGGAGCUGAUCAGAGCUCAGGAGAAGACUGAAGUGAGUCGGGCUGAAGCCCGCAGGAGGUUGCUGAGCUGAGGAGGAGAGAUGUUGAGUUGAAGCAGCUCUCACACACAGAGGAUCACAUCCAUUUCCUCCAGGGUUUCCAGUCUCUCUGUGUCUCUCCUGGAUCUCAGGUCUUACCCAGCAUCACUGUCUAUCCACUCUUCUCCUUUGAGCAUGUAAAGAAAUCAGCCUCUGAAC